GCACCUCAUGUUCUAUUUCCCUUUUAAGAUCUGCAUCGAAACAUUCAUAUGUCUUUUGUAUUAGUCUUCCUACAUUAUUCCAAAAAGAAAAAAAGCGUUUCUCCAGUACUAAAUAUUUGUUUUUUCCCUAAUCUGCACAUGGGUUUCAUAGAUCUGGUCUGAAAUCACCACGCUCUUCGUAAUAUGUUUAAUUAAGGACUUGUGGUGGUCUCCGGAGUUAGGAUAAUGCCAAUCUGGCACUCUGUAAGGUCCUUCCAGCUGCACGCACCUUUUACUUUUUUCAUUAUAUUUCGUGAAAUUUUGAGGCAAGACUUUCCUUUUGAUCGCAUCAUCAAAAUGGAGUUGAACGGCAAAUCCAUGGUCUCUGCAAACGUUAUUUAUCUUUCAACUAUUCUGGGUAGAGAUGAGCAAGUUGUUGCCCACAAAUGUGAUUGGAAAUGUGAGAAUGAACAUGUGUGUGGUAAUAUGUACCGCUGCAAACUUACAGGAAUGACUCACAUUUGUGACAAAAACUGUGACCAAAGAAUUGUGUAUGAUAACCAUAGCUCACUUUGUCGUGCAAGUGGGCAAAUUUUCCCGCUUACACUGACAGAGGAACAAGCAAUCAGAGGCAUUCGCAGGAAACUUGAUGCUGACAAUUCCUCCGUUGAUGAUUUUGGUUUUAAGCGUAGGCGGGAUGCCCAGUUUCAUCCUUCACCUUUUGAGAGAUCUUUCUCUGCUGCCGUCCCAAUUUGUAGUCAAGUUGGAGAUGGCAUGGAUAUGAUGAGCUAGAUUUGUUUAUGAAAAAGAAGCAAAACUGGGGCUUGUCUCUGUGCUCUGUUCUUUUGAAUAAUUUUCCUUUUGUUUUGCGUAUGGACUGAUAAUCAUAUAAUGGACUUGACCUGCGGGUGCUUGAAGUGGUGGACCUUGUUUGCCCCACCUGUUUGUAGGAACGCUUAUAUUUCUAAUCUUGUCUUAUGCAAUAUGUAGCUGACACUAGAUUGACUAUACUAUAACAGAUAAGAUGGAUCCGGAUCAUCAUCAAACUUACAUUUCUAUUUUGUAUUUCCUUCACCACCUUCUAACAUAGACAGACUAUUGAAGCCUCCGAUUUGUAUUCAUAUUGUUUUGAAAUCUGUCUUGCUAGACCUGCUUUUGGCUGUGUUCAGGUUUCUAAUAUUUAUUAUUAGCUUUCUUCUUUUCAUAUGAGCUUGUCCUUAAGUCAUUUUCUUUUUACUAUUUUGCAGCAGAGGUCUGGUCAUUUUCCUAAUUGUGAGAGUUUAGUUAUGCUACUCAGUUAAUGUUCCUUGUUCUGCAAUUUGUUUGAAUGGAAUCACUGAUGCUUCUCACCUUUCUUGGCAGGUGUAUUAUGUGUCUUUGUAAAUGUGGAGAACAAGUUUAGUGAACAAAAUGAGGUCAUCCUUAGAAGGUGCGGAAAGGAUUUUUGAGGUACUCUCACAAGACAUUUCCAGCCUCCCUUACUCAACUUUAUUUCUUGAUUUUUCUCCUGCAUUUGAUUUGCAGGGGCAAUGCUUGAUAAAAUAAUGGAGCUACCGUAGUCGGUUUGGUUAUUGUGCUUGUCAUUUGUAAUUUUUUUGCUAAUAUUGGAGAUGUGUGGAACAAGUUCUUCUCCGCUGCUCAAUUCCUGCCCUGUAUUAUGUAAAGUUAUGAUACGGUCCAACACUUGUUUGUUUUGACUAUUAUGAAUUUUGUUUCACAUUGCAUU